AUCUGUCUCCGGCAGAAUAUAUACUGUACUGUCGGAGGUUGAUUUUCCUUGAGAAAUACACAUCCGGCAGAAUAUGCUCUCCGGAUUUUCUUGAGACAUGGUUCGCCAGGACCUUCCAACGGUUGUGGUAUUUCCCUAACUGGUUGGCAUCCCACAAUCCGAGCGACCUCACCAAGCCGAAUGGGCAGCAGCGGCAGUCCACAAGAAUUACAGAAUGGCCAGUAUCCUUACUUCGUCAAGAGAUUACCAUCCCGUCGUUAACAGACCUACCGAACAUUAUAAUCCUUGAAAUUCUGUUGGACCUUGACCGGAUAGCACAAGUGUCUUUGCAGCGGGUCUCUUGGAGGUGGAAAAGUAUUCUGUCGAGCCCUCGCGCCGGCCAAGCUGUCACUUUCAAUGCUCCUCGUGGCUACGUAUCACCGAAACACAUGAAUGUGUAUUUAGUUGAUGGGUUACUCAAGUAUACUGCUGCCAAUACGCAAAGCCUCCUUGUAAAACAAUUCUACAACAGUCACACUUACGCGGCCAUGGAAGUUAUCCAUCAGAUGGAACUUCCGAUAAAACAUUAUUUAUCCUACAAAACUGUGGAUAUCUGCCUUGUAAAAGAACUUGAACUGUUUCCAACGGUUUCCAAUCUGCACAUCUACUGCACGAUGAAAACGAAGGAUGGUACUCGGGAAACACUGGAAAUCUUGGUGGCCACUCCAGCUGAAGCGAAGAAGCUGCUCGCAUCGUUAGCGGGAUGCUGGAUCUACUGCUGCACAACAACCACGAUGACGGGAACGCUCACCGGAAUCGCUUUGACGCUCGAUGCGUUCAGUCGCUGGUGCCGUGCCCGCAGCGAAGAACUGGCGGGACAAGACAGCAGUGUCCACUAUACGGCGGUUCAGAAAGAAUUGCAGGAGGCCUCUCAACACUGGCCGAUUUCACCGACAGCCAAUGACCUUUUACAAGCAGCUUUUGCUGACUUCGUGCCAACCACCGCAAAGUAUCACAAAUUCUACAGCGGAACAGUGUUUUGUCCAGAAAUAUUCAAAGUGCUAAUCCGAAAGCCACGUCUUGAACAGAUUGACUAUUUUGAAUCUUGUGGUGUAGCCAGCUGGCUGCGUCUUAGCUGAUCGACAUGGGUCACAUGGCUAUGGGAAAAGAUCCAAUUUCGGAAUGGAUCUCCCUGAAAAAUGAAGUGUAGCAUACCGGAGAUCUUGUAUCCUGUAUCCGACAUUAAUUCUUAUUUUAUUCGCUGUAUCCGACAUUAGUUCUUAUUUUGUUCGACUGUGGUGUAUCGUAGUCUGAAAUGAUCGUUACGGUAUUUUAAAAACUGUUCUAGUUUUUUACCAAACUAUUCGCAUAGGUUUAAAUACUAGCGUACUGUACAUUGUGUUACUGUAUAAUUAUACGAGUACUACGAUUGCGAGCACUACGAGUACUGUACUGUUGU